CCUGAAAGACUUCAAUGCCUGCAAGUGUCAGGGCCUCUGCUGCAAGGGUGAGCCCCAGCUGUCUUCCUGCAGCAGAGAGCUCCGCACCUCCAAAUGGACCGUCACCUUUGCUGCUUACCCUGAGGACAUCUGCUGUCUUUGACAUCAGUGUGUGUUAAUGUUUCGCACAUCAUGAUUUGGAGCAGCCACAGUUCAAUAUGUAAUGGCCACAUGAGCCUCAUGGUUACUGAUUGGACAGUGCAACGGAAGAACCUCUCCACCCAGGGCUUCCGCUGGUGGUUCCAGUGGCUGGGCAUCAACUUCACUCUCUUCCUGGGGCUGUUUUUUCUGACCACCCCCUCCAUCAUCCUGUCCACCAUGGACAAGUUCAAUGUCACCAAACCCAUCCAUGCACUGAAUGACCCAGUCAUCAGCCAGUUCUUUCCGACACUCCUGCUGUGGUCCUUCUCUGCCCUGCUCCCCACCAUCGUCUACUACUCCACACUGCUGGAGUCUCACUGGACCAAGUCAGGGGAAAACCGGACCAUGGUGACCAAGGUCUACAUAUUCUUGAUCUUCAUGGUGCUGAUCCUGCCCUCCCUGGGUCUCACCAGUUUGGAUUUUUUCUUCCGGUGGCUCUUUGACAAAACUUCUUCAGAGACCUCUAUCAGGCUGGAAGCCACUAGGGGAGAAGAACUGCUGAAAGUCGCUGGUGCCCGGAGGGGAGAGAAUAAUUACAGUGUGACCAGGAUGCCUGCCUGGGCUGGGUUAUCUUUGCUGGGAGAAUGGAGUUAAACUUCUUUCUGACACGUGUCCUUUUGGUGUUUGCAGCUUGAACCACAACAUUUAAUAGUAAUACCUAUCAUUUAAGAAGGCUCUAUGCUAAAUGCUUUAUUCUUUUUCUCAAUUAAACUUUACAACAAGC